GGCUUGCAUCAGUACCAUUUCUAUCAUCUUCAGCGCGUACGCAACAGGAGAGGGACAGGGCAGCCCAGCGCCUUGGCGAAGACCAUCUUCAGUCUACAAUUAGGGGCAGAGAAAUCCAGGGGAAAAAACUAUAUUCGCUCAUUGCAACGCAAGACGGCGAAAUAAAACGCACAAUAACAGGUAUGGAGAGCCUGUUGGAUAACCCUAUGAAAGCUGUCCUCUACCUGAAAGAACUCACCACCAUCGUGCAGAACCAACAGAGUCUGAUACAGACGCAGAGGCAACGAAUCGACGAGCUCGAGAGGAAGGUUGAAGAGCUGAUCGGGGAGAACCGGCAGCUGAAGGAUCCCCACGCGACGCAUCACUACCACCACCAUCACCAUCACCCGUCCCAGCGGAGCGCGAGCCCGCAGCCGCCGGUCCUCCUGCAUCAGCAUCCGGCGAAUAAAACCGGGGCGCUUCCCGGUCACCCUCCGCACCAGCUUCAUUGCCUGCCGGCACAGCCGCAGCAUCCGCCUCAGACAGCCAGUCAUCAGCUGCAGCUCGUUCCCACCUCUCCUCCGUCUCCGCAGCCGGGCCACUCCAGCCCGGAGUCCGCCGAGGAGGACAAAAAGAGCCCGUGCUGCAAGUCUCUGGUUCCCCAGACGCCCACCACACUCUGCAGGUCGGUUGGACUCGCCAGGAAAGCCGAGAACCAGACCGUGCUGCACCAGUUCUGCUGUCCCGCUCCUGACGCACCUGAGGGGGAGUCCUCAAACUGUUCCACCAGUGACGCCCAGCAGCCUGGGUUCGAGGGGAACGCACAGGAUGCAGUGGAGGAGGAUGAGGAUGAUGAGGAGGAGGAGGAGGAGGUGGAGGAGGAAGGGGCGGGGGCCCGGGGGGGCGCGGGGCAGAAAGCCAGCCUGCACCACACCGCCUCUCCCGUGAGAGCAGAGAGGAGAGAGGGGCCCGCCACCUCCGACUACGAGCGCGCGCUCGACCUCAAAAACAAGCAGAUCGAAAUGUUAGAGCACAAGUACGGGGGUCACCUGACCUCCCGCCGCGCCGCCUGCAAGAUCCAGACGGCCUUCCGGCAGUACCAGCUCAGCCGGAACUUCGAGAAGAUCCGCAACUCGCUGCUGGAGAGCCGGCUGCCGCGGCGCAUCUCGCUGCGCAGGGUGCGCCUGCGCCACGGCGAGCUGGCGGAGGGCUGCGGCCUCGCCGGCGUCCCCCUGGUGCGCUCCCCGUCCCUGCCCGCCACCAUCGGCGGGACCCUGACCGACCUGGAGGACUCCUUCAACGAGCAGGUGCAGUCGCUGGCCAAGUCCAUCGACGACGCCCUCAGCAGCUGGAGCCUGAAGGCCAUGCAGUGCUCCGUGCAGGACGGCGGCGGCGGCGGCGGCACCUACCAGUUCACCGAGGCCUUCAGCGCGGGGUCCCCCGGGCCUACGGGGGGCGCCGGGGAGCCGGGGGCGGGUCCCGCCACCCUGCCGGCGGCGGCGGGGCAGGACGACGGGGCCGACGCCCUCUCGCGCAGCGCCAGCAAGCUGAUGAUGGCCUUCCGCGACGUGACGGUGCAGAUCGACAGCCACAACUUCCACAUGUCCUCCUCCGUCCUGGAGUCCACCUCCGUCUCCGUCGGCAACUGCCUCCAGCAGGACGGCCCCUGCGAGGACCCCAGAGAGGAGCCCCCCCCCCGAGGAGUGCGAGGUCCCCCAGGAGGAGGGGCCCCCGGAUCCCCCGGAACUGGAGCCCCUGGAGGCGGAGCCCGAGGUGGAGGCGGAGCCGGUGAUAGAGGUGGAGCCAGUGGUGGAGGCGGAGCGGAGGUGGAGGUGAAGCAGGAGGUGCUGGAGGCCAAGCGCAGCGAGUCGGACACGGCCGAUAACAGCUCGGAGCAGAUGAGCAGCAGCAGCACCUCCACCUCGGCCAAGUCGGCCUCAGAGGCCUCCUCCAAGGAGGCGCUGCAGGCCAUGAUCCUCAGCCUGCCCCGCUACCACUGCGAGAACCCGGCCAGCUGCAAGUCCCCCACCCUCUCCACCGACGUCAUGCGCAAGCGCCUGUACCGCAUCGGCCUCAACCUCUUCAACGUAAACCCGGACAAAGGCAUCCAGUUCCUCAUCUCCCGCGGCUUCAUCCCGGACACGCCCAUAGGCGUGGCCCACUUCCUGCUGCAGAGGAAGGGCCUGAGCCGACAGAUGAUUGGCGAGUUCCUCGGCAACAGCAAGAAGCAGUUCAACAGGGACGUCCUGGACUGCGUGGUGGACGAGAUGGACUUCUCCGGCAUGGAGCUGGACGAGGCUCUGCGCAAGUUCCAGGCACACAUCCGGGUCCAGGGCGAGGCCCAGAAGGUGGAGAGACUCAUCGAGGCCUUCAGCCAGCGCUAUUGCAUGUGCAACCCGGACGUGGUGCAGCAGUUUCACAACCCCGACACCAUCUUCAUCCUGGCCUUCGCCAUCAUCCUCCUCAACACGGACAUGUACAGCCCCAACAUCAAGCCGGACCGCAAGAUGAUGCUGGAGGACUUCAUCCGCAACCUGAGAGGGGUGGAUGACGGAGCGGACAUCCCGCGCGACAUGGUGGCGGGAAUCUACGAGCGCAUCCAGCUGCGGGAGCUGCGCUCCAACGAGGACCACGUCACCUACGUCACCAAGGUGGAGCAGUCCAUCAUGGGCAUGAAGACUGUUCUCUCUGUCCCCCACCGGAGGCUGGUCUGCUGCAGCCGGCUCUUCGAAGUGUCCGACGUCAACAAGCCUCAGAAGCAGGCCGCCCACCAGAGGGAAGUCUUCCUCUUCAAUGACCUCAUCGUGAUCCUGAAGCUGUGCCCCAAGAAGAAGAGCUCGGCCACCUACACCUUCUGCAAAGCCCUGGGCCUUCUGGGAAUGCAGUUUCACCUCUUUGAGAACGAAUAUUACCCUCACGGGAUCACCCUCGUGUCGCCCCUCUCCGGCUCGGACAAGAAGCAGGUGCUCAACUUCUGUGGCCAGAGCGCGGAGGAGCUGCUCAAGUUCGUGGAGGACCUGAAGGAGUCCAUCGCCGAGGUGUCCGAGAUGGAGCAGAUCCGCAUCGAGUGGGAGCUGGAGAAACAGCAGGGGGACAAGACUCACUCUUCCAAAAACAACAACGGCACGCAGCUGGACCUCCGAGGGACGCAAGCCUCCCCGCUGGGUAAGCUGGACCCGGACGAGAAGAGCGGGAAUAACAGCAUGGAGGUGUCAAUUCACAACAGGCUUCAAACGUACCAGCGCCGUGCGUCCCGGAUCCCCGAGACUGGAUCCCUCCCGGGCACCCUUCUUAACCACCGGGGGGCGCUCUACCAGCUGCAGCUCCAGCCCGGCGGGGGCACGCCGUCCCGCCAGCCCGGCCCCGUCGCCGUCGCCGACCUGCGCCCGGACACGCUCAUCCAGUGCCAGCAGAUCGUCAAGGUGAUCGUCCUGGACCAGGGCGGGCGCGGCCGCGUGGAGGCCUUCCUCAGCCGCACCCCCACCCACCAGCUCACCCGCUCGGCCGUCUCCACCCCCGCCCGUUCCUCGGAGGGGCGGGACCGGGAGGACGCGGGCUCCAAACCCCCCCUGCCUCCGCCGCCGCCCCCCUACAACCACCCCCAUCAGUACUGCCCCCCUCAGUCGCCCCAGCCCCUCCUCAGCCGACGGAGGUACUCCAGCGGCUCCCGCAGCCUGGUGUAAAUAGACCUUGACCUCUGACCUCCGACCUUUUAUAGACAAAAUACAUAUAUUAUAUACGGUACAUAUGUAUAUAUGCAGAGAAGAGUGAAAAAAUGAAAAAUUAUAAUUACAGUAUAUUUAAGAGAAAGUGGAUAUAAGCAAAAACAGAUACAAGCUUCCAGAGUUCUACUUAAUUCAUGUGUAUUUUAUGAAAGAUUAAGUAGUUUUAACCAAUUUAUAUAUAGCAUUGUGUGUUGGGUUACUCUUUGAUGCAGUUUGAUUUUUUCCUCAGUGAACUGGCAUUUGGACAAAGGCCAUCAAUACCCCUCCUCCUACCUUACGUUACCCAUCUGCAGGGUGGGUCCAGGCCUUUUGUAGCCCUUUGUUUGGUUCUUUAUCCUAAUCUUAUACAAUACUGGUGUGUGUGUGCUUGUGCAUGUGAGUAUGCGCGCACGUGCAUGAGUACGUGCGUGUGUGCGUGAGUGUGUAUGACACUGAAGAGACUCUUUAAGAAAAAGAUAAUAAUUGGCUAAACAAAGGCCAACCCUACAAAAUCAGAAAUUUUUCCGCAGCCCAAUUAAGUCAGUGGGAGAGACAUGUUUAUUCUUCAACAGCGUGUACUUUUAUUUUUUUAAAGAAGAGCCAUUCUAAUCUAGUCUAACUGAAACUAGCACCUCACUUUCUCAAUAUUCACUGUCACGGUUGUUUUUUUUUUUGUUUUGUUUUGUUUUUUUUGUUUUGUUUUUUUUUGUGUGGGGCUCAUUUUUCCUCCAUUUUGUUCUGGUCCACAGCUGCAGUGAUGGUCAGAUCACUAUGCUGGUAAACUGUCUGACGUGCUGCUUUCUGUUCAGAAUGGGAAACCACUGUAAACAACAGUUCGCUGUAGCGCAAAAAGCCUGUUCAAACCAGAGCAGUACUCUUGUGAUGCAUAUUGGUCUGCUAAGGAAGAUUAAAGUUGCAGGAUAUAGAGCCUCUUAUUAAAAUGAAAUUGUGGGUACUGUACGUGAGGUGUUUUUGCAAAUAUCCUGCGUUGGCAAAUGCUGCAUUACUGCUGACACAGUGACGUUUAAAACAGGUUGCUUAAUUUGACUUAAAGAGGUUGCUCUUAUCUGUUUGAAUAUUUUCCCUUCUUAUAUUAACAAUAUUGUUUUUAAUUAUUACUUUAUUUUUUACUAUGUAGUGUUGACCGCUUAUAAGCAUUGCACAGUAUGAAAAAAAUCUAAAAUUUUUGUAUAUACUGAAUAUACAUUUAAAAUGCGUACUGUACUGUACGAUACAGCAGACAGACUGACAUGUUUAUACACGCGAACAUCCUUUGCCUAUUUUAAAUAGUAUUGCUUCCAGUAAAUGUCCCCAAUCUUUUGCUAUUGCAAUAUGAAUAUUCUUGUCACUGCACUGCACAUUGUUGGUUUUGUGCAGAAUUUUUUCAUUUGAAAAAUCUUGUAUGUUAUUGUGUGGUAGGGCAACAGAAAUUAAAUUUGGAAUUGGUGCGAAGCCAGACUGUAUUGUUUUGGAGAUGUGCCACGUCCAUGUCAGAGGACAAAAAAAAUUACAGGAGGCAUUGUCAACUGUCGAUGUACCGCCCUGCAGACAUUUACACGAUCUCUGUCCGUCCCUCCAUUCCAAUACCUGCGGUGAUUGUGUUUCCUGUUCGGGCAGCUGUCCGAGAGCACUCAUAUUUCUGCUUCUUAUUCCGAGUGUGAUGAGAACUGAAAUGCAAUCUUAUUCAGCUGUGCUUCGGCGGAAGUGUUAUCGCUUUAUGUGGACAUAUUCAUUUGAGCUGUAGUGAUUUAUGACUUUUUUUUGCUGUCGGGGUUGACUGGUGGGUGCUGCCAUCCUGUCCAAAUGCAGCCGGUGCCCAAACCAGACGUUUAAUCUGCCUGAUCCAUCGGAAUCUUUCAUCGCCGAAAACCGCACCUGGCGUGACAAGCAAUUUGUUUUUGGACCGAGUGCGUUUCCUUCGUAUUACAUGUCCAGAAAUGAACUGCUAGUAGACAUGAGAAAUAUGUAUUUAUGAGCAUAAGCCAGUGCUCCAAAUGGAUUUGUCGGAUGUCAAAUCUGAAGUGAAGCAUAAAUAUGUAUGAAUUUCACCAAUGUCAGUUGCACACUGGAAAUGUUUUUGCAGAUGUUGAUUUCAUUUGUUUGUUUUGAAUGUCGCGUGUCCAGAUUCUCUGCUGAUUGGUUGGUUCGCACUGGAACACAAGCCGCAAAUCCCAUCAAUCCAAGGGCUACACAAUCCAAUAUGUCAGGAUUGUCCAGAGCUACUGCUGCGACCUGAAAAAUGGCCACCGGUGUGAUGUUCAGGAAAGUGCAGCAACAGCUGUUGUUUCCAUCGCCAUUUUAACAGCAAUAGCAUGUAUUCCAGUGUGAAUUGGUCAACGACAUUAUAUUACACAGGCGUCUUAAAUAGACGCCUCUGUGGUGAGCAGAAGCAUUCUGGGGUCCGUUUGUCAUGGAUGUAAGUUUCCCGGACUGUCACACAAAGACUUAUUUUUUUUUUUUUGUUUUUUAAAGAGCCUAUAUGAUAGUUUUUGUUUGUACCUGUGCAGAGUUGAGCUCUUCAGUUUACCCUGAGUGUGCUGGGGACUGACUGGGUGGUGCUCCUUGCCUGUCAGUGUGAUUUUGGUGUGUUCACCUGUGUGUGAACACCUGCGCAUGUUUUUGCCUAGUGGACCCAGGCUUUGAUCUGUCGUCUCUUUGGUAUUCUGUGACAUCCUGGCAGAAAUGUGAGCCCAUUAGGAAAUUAGUAAUGGUUCAGUCUGCCACACCUCUACUGAGAUGGUUCAGUCUGCUUCCCCUCCCGCUGCGAUGACCUCAUAGUGCCGACUCAGCUCAUUUUCCCUCUUCAUAAGAAAGAAACUUUUACUCUUGUUCUUGUGAACAAACGUUCUUUGACAGCGAAUGGAAAAGAUCAGACGUGACUCAGAUGUCGGAUUUGGCAUUUUAAUUGUUUUGAUGUUGAGGGAUACUGUGUUCUUGUCAGAGGCUUUCUCUCUUUUCUAGUCAUUAUUAAGUCCCACAAAAGGUUUUUCCCUCCCUUGAGAAAACAUAUCUUUAAAGUGGCAUCAAUCAACAAAAUUUUGUUUAAUCAGUAAUGACCCUUCUGUCAAAAAAUGGACAUAACACAGUUCAUCCAGCUACGGGGAGAAUAAUAAGCAUUUUGGUAAAUGAAUUGGCGUGUGGUGCAGACAUGCUUUUUUUCCGUGAUGACUGACCUGGCUCAAGGUUUUCAUGAUGUCAUUCUCUCCAGCUGCAUAACCACCUGGGCAUAUCAGGCGGAAUUGACAUCCUCGAGUGUUCCAUCAGUGUUGUGUCUGGAGGCACUGAUAGCGAGUUCACUUCCUAAAUCUCCACACCUUUCUGUUACCAUGGUUACCAAGUCACUGGGUAAAAUAAAGCGCAGAUUUAAGCGUCUGAUGCUUCCUGCUGCUCUCAUUACAGCAAAGCAGAGCCCGUCGCCCUGGAAAUGAGGUGACUUUUGUGAGAAGCAAAGCCUCUGUUGUCGUCGAACGACAAACAAAAUAUGUAUUGGAUUUUAAUAUUAGUGAAGUGAUAAAUAAAUAAAAAAGCCAGUGUUCAGAUGAAAGACAGAUUUUCUGUUUGGUUUCCCUCUGUGCUUUCAAAUGAGAAAUAUUUGCUGUAAAAAAUGAAGUGGACCCACCUUGAAUUAUUAAUCCAGGUGAUUCCAGACUCCAGCUCCCUCACUAUACAUGUAGCUCUUCCAUUCGCUUGAGUUGGUGAAGGUUGUUUGUUCUGAACCCGUGUUUACCCAUGGAAAUGUGCUUCGCUCGGUUUGCUUUUUAUCCAUCAGUACCUCUCUGUUAAUCCAGGUCUUCUCAAAUAUCCUACAUGAAUGUACUGAAGUGCGUUGUUUGUUGUUUUGCUUUCUCCUGCUUUUCCAGCAAUCUGUAAACUGUGUAUUUCUUCCUUGUUUUGAUUUCUGUUUGAAUCGUCUUAUGAUCAGUUUCACUCUGCUAUCCCCGGGACACUGUAUUGUUGCUGCUUAGCAACUUUGAUUAAUGUAGGCCUGUCGUUCUUGAUUUCAGCACAUCCUGCUGGCAAGGGGGGGGGGGGGGGGGGGGGGGGGGGGGGGGGGGUUGAUGUCUGACAGUUAUGGCCUGGAGUGGCUGAUUAAAAAUGGCCGUUUCAAAAUGAAAUGUCACACGCACGUGCCGUGCACUAUGAUCUGUGGACUGUGCGGUCUCUUCCCCCCCCCCCCCCCCCCACAGAAAUAUGGUUUUAAUUAUAAAAGUGAUAUUAAUGAGGGAUGCCUGUGACUAAUUUACACUGCUGAAAUGCAGACUGAUGCUGGAUGAGGUUAGUUUAUCAUGCAGUGUACACAUUAAAGCUGGCGCACGCUACACGGAUUGGCAUUCAGUUGUGCGUUACACUGAUUUGCUUGAUAGUGUUGGUAAUGUACGUUCGCCCUUGAAAUGCAGCGCAUGCAUUGAAUGACAAUUUCGAGCUCCAUUCUCUGUCCUGUGGCAGGCUGGCACUUAUUUAAUUUGAGAUAUGGUUAAUGCACGCUUUCUUUUUAAAAAAAGUCACUUGACCUUUUUAGGGAUUUAUAUGUUUCGGCUUGUGUUGAAAUUGAAGGAUCACAAUGACUGAUGCUUUCAGUGAAGGUCGGUAAGAUCAUUUCUGUCACAUGCUUCAAGAAAAGGCCGCUUCGUUUUAAGAGAUAUAUAUGUAUAUAGUAGUGUGGGCAAAGAAAAUGGGAAACGAAUAUGUAACAUUGCUUAAUAGCAUCAACGCUGUUUUUGUGCACUUCCAUCCUCUGUUGCCCUUUGCUGACGAUGACUUUCAUCACCUUCAUCAUCAGGAGAGAGCUGUCCAACCUGAGGUGUCUGGGCAACCGUAAACACCCCCCCCCCCUUUUCUCCAGACUCAUCUGCGAGUGUGUGCUGGACCUGACAUGGAUGUGGGGACCCUGGCUUAUAGGUUAGACUGCUUUGCAUAUUCGCCCGCCUCGGAACUGACCGUGUUUGUGAUGUCACAGUGGACCCAUCCUAUCAUUGCCACUUCCUGCCUGUUUAUGCUACGCUUUGCUUUCAGCCAAUUUGCAAAAAAAAAAAAAAAAAUGAAAAUUUGUAUUUAAAAAGAACCGAGAUAUCAAACAUGUAUUUAUCAAUAACCUUUUUUAAAAAACUUAAAAAAAAUAAAUAGAGGAAAGCUUUUUUUUUGAGAAUUUGCACAAAACAUUUUGGUUUAAUUUGUAUUAUAGAGGCUUAUAAAUGAGUUGUGUGUGUGCCAAUGUAUGUAUAAAUAUACUGUGUACAGAAAAAAAAGAAUCAACCUGUAUUUUGUUAUCCAACAGCAGAGCUCUACAUAUAUUCAGAUUAAUAUUGUAUAUUGAAGUAUCGGGACUGGAUAUCCAUUUAUCAAUAUACUAUACAAUGCUGGUAGGUGAUGACUUAUUGUAUCGCAGUUUUGUUUUUUUCUUUGUUUUAUUUCUUGGCAUGUGUUUUCUUGAUCCAUCUAUAAAGUGCAGAUAGGUAUUUCCUGAGGGUGAAAAGGGCUAUUGCUCCCAAGAAAACAGCUGUGCUCUGAGCAAGCACAGUCAUUUCUGUUCUCUUUAAAAUUUUUAAGACUUUUAAAAUCUGUGCUUUGCUAGGUAAAUUCCCACCGGUAGCCGCCUGUCCUCAAAAGAUUUCCGUUUCCCAGUCUGUUAGCUUUUUGCAUCCUUCAGAACACAUCUGCGGACAAAGGGGAACCAGACAGGAGCAGCUCGAAAAACACUUUCUAACGUACUUUAAGAAUAAGCAAUAUCACAUCAAGGCAGUUCCAGGAAGUGUUCAUGAGCACACUGAAACUGGGGCAGUGCUUGUGUUUGUAUUGGUACGGGAGGUAUUUAUUAUUUACUGUGGAUUAUAAUUAAAGAUUGGUCUCAGAGUGCUGUGGUAUUGAACACAAAAGUAAUUAUAUUUCUCCUUCUCUGUGAAAGACCCUCUAACGUAUGAUUAAAUCCUCAGGGGUAGGGGCUACUGUGGAGGGUGGCUAAAGAGAAAAAUGGUGUGCAAAAAAAAAAAGAAAGAAAAUUUGCGAUCGAUCAGUUUGUUAGCAGCACUGAGAGUUCAAAAGAAUGCUGGUACAACUGCACUAUGACAAGAAUACUGAACAGUUAGUGUUGAUUUUAAAAAGAACAACAACAAAACAAACAUUUUUUAAUCUCAUUUUCUUUUUGUGCCGAAUUGGAAAGCCCCAGUCAUAUGUAUGUGUGUCUGUGUGUGUGCGCGCGCGUGCGUGUGUGUGUGUGUGUGUGUGGUCGGUCCUGUACUGAAGCUGUAUCAUUCUCUGUCAGUUCAGAACAUUGCAGUCAAGCCCCAUGUCUCCUUGGAAACGUGUGUUACCAGCUGCAGAUGAUUUUAGUUUCCAUAGUUUUCAUGCUGCUAGCUUAGCUGCGUACUGCGCCAUUGUGCAACUCUACCUACAGUAUUCAGCUGCUGCUGCUGCUGCAGCCGGACUGUUGCCAGCCAAUCAGAGCAGUCCGGAAUCCAGAACACCUGCCAGCUGGAAAUUCGCCAUCUCCAGAGUGAUGUUGUUGACGGUUAUGUGUACCGCCCUGUAUAUAUACCAGGCUAUUGGUCACAGCUGGGCCUGAAAAACUCGAGGUUUGAUUCUGGAAUGUGGGACGUACUGUAGGCUGCAACCCCACUGGUCCUUUAGCUGAGUCAGUUUGUUAUUAGCACAGUACAUAUUUAGAAUUUAAUUAGCCACCUUGUGUUACAUUGUCUACGGUUUCCUUCUGACAGAUCAUCAAAAUGUACUUUUUUUCCCUCCCUUCAGCUGACAAAUUACUCCAUUUUCCCGUAUAUACGUGCACCUGUAUACCACAGACCCAGCUAUCCAGAGGUGAGAUGUCUCCUGACCCCGUAUAACCAUUAAUAGUCACACUUUUACCCAAGCUGUUCACAAACCAAGCCUCCAUGGACGUCUCAAUAAUGACUCCUCUUAAUGGAAUGGUCCUCGAAACACACAUUUGCUGUACAAUACAAGAGUCUUUAUUAUUAUUAUUUUUUUCUAUUUGAAAUCCCCUGCAUUCAGAUGUUUCACCCUGUCUCGCAGUACGCUUCUUGAAAUGAGAAGUUAAGUGAAAAAAUAAACUUUUUCCCCCUU